AUGCAACAACCCGCUCAACGUGAUCAAACCACUGCCAACAACUCGAGCAGCUUGGAAACAAACGCGCGAAUUGGAAAAAUUCGUGACAGAUCGCCCACAACACUAGAAGUCAGAAAUGGCGACCAAAUGGCCGUCCAAGUACAAGAACAACCCCACCAACAGAAAGAAAUAAAAAGCUUACCAGCAGCACCUACAGAGCUCAAUCAACUUGACCUACACCGCCAGACUGCAAACAACAACCACCAGAAUUUGAAAUUAGGGAAUCAUCCAAUGCUCCCAACAAGCACCAAGCAACAGCAACUGAAACACAACAAACACCAUCGCCACACAGAAGGAAUCCAGAGAAUUCUAAUUUGUCAUGAGUUGGAGAAACUUGCUAUGGCAAACCUACAGUGCAUCAAGAAGCAGUAUUCUGUCCAGACACCGACAUAA